AUGAGUACCUUGUCUCAACUCCCAGGAGCUGUACCUCUUCCUCACGCCCCGCCUUCUUCCUCGACUGAGGUCAACAUCACGGCCGACAUGACGAGAGAAAGUCCUGAAUAUGGCACAAGAUUGCUUCCCACCCUCGUUGACGAUAUCGCUACGACUACGCCGAACCGUAUCUAUGCAUCUGUUCCCACAUAUGAUGCAGACAUGUCCAAAGGAUUCAGGGAUGUCACCUACACCGAGUUUGCACGAGCAAUAGAUGCCCUAUCCUGGUGGCUGGACGAGACUCUCGGGAAAGCCGACGGCACAUUCCCAACGUUCGCAUACUUUGGACCCCGGGAUCUCGGAUACGCUGUUGUAGUGGUGGCAGCAGCUAAAACAGGCAGGAAGGUCUUGUUGGCUUCUCAUCUCGCAUCGCCAGAUGCUCACNCAUUUCCCCUUCUGGACUCGCUGUCAUGCACUGCUGUGAUAUAUGCUUCCGAGAUGGCUGUGUUGGCAGAGUCUUUGCAGGAAAGGUUUCCAAGUGCCAAGUACAUUAGCACCACAUCUUUUGGUGCAUUCUUGGUCCAGUCAAACACAUCAGCAAAUCUUGAGCGCUAUGCAUAUUCGAAGCCUUACUCCAAAGCACAUUCAGAUCCUGUGAUGGUAGUGCAUACCUCCGGCACAACAGGACUGCCCAAGCCCGUGAUCUGGACCAACGAUAUGCUAUGUUCGGUCGACAGAUUACAUACUCUACCAGGAAGUGCAGCAACGCAAAUGGCAGGACAAAGCAUAUACUGUGCAUUACCCACUUUCCAUACUUCUGGCAUUACGGCUAGUCUCCUCACACCAGUCUACCUCAGCACGAUAAUCAUUCUUGGACCUGCUGGGGUUAGGCCCGACAAGAAGACUGUCCUCGAAGUGUUACGAAAUGCACCCGUCAGCGCAGCUUCUUUCCCUCCAAGCCUAUUGGAAGAACUAAUUGCAGACCCUGCAUGUCGAAAAGCACUCAAACAGCUCGCAAAGAUCGUGUACGGCGGAGCACCCUUAGCUGCAUGGGCAACCCGCACCAUAGCCACCGAGUUCAACGGCACAGUUUCAUCAGCACUGGGUAGCACAGAAGGAGGACUCUGGCUCACAGGUUCUUCACCCGACCCAGCAGACCAAGGCUACUUCCUCAUGCACCCAUUCAUGGCCCCCGAUUUCCAACACACAGAUGCAGAUCUCUACGAACUCGUUAUAAAACGCACACCACAAUCAGAAACAUACACAAACUUCUUCCGCUGUAUCGAUAGCACGCCAUCACAUCUAGCAACACACUUUGGCUUUGACACCAAAGAACGAAUCAACGAAUUCAGAACGAAAGAUCUUUUCUCGCCGCAUCCUACCAAGCCAGGGCUUUGGAAGUACAGGUGUCGGAAGGACGACCUUGUGCUCCUGAGUGGAGAGGUCAAAAUGUAUGCUGGUGCUAUCGAGGAGGCCAUUUCUGCACAUCCGGCGAUCGGAGCUGUUGUAGUAGGUGGCCAGUAUCGCAGUAGACCUUUCUUGCUGGUCGAAUCUGCUUUGCCAAUCACUACGGACGACCAGAAAGCAGAGUUUGUGGACGAGAUCUGGCCAGCAGUGGAAGCCGAGAAUGAGAAGCACCAUGACUCUGCGAGGUUGGCGAGAGAGUUGGUGAUAAUCGUAGGGUCGGGGAAGAAGAUGGCGCGUACGCCGAAGGGGACUGUAGACCGCAAAGCGACAUUGUCAGCGUUCGAGGGCGAGAUUGAUGAAUUGUACAGAUCUUGGUCAAGGGAAUAG